GAGCGUGCCAAGGAGAGAAAGAGAGAUUGGUUGAUGAAGAGAAGAGGAGCGAAGCGGCCAAGUAAUAAGAUGAAAGGGACAUUGGGGAAGCACUUUCAAGUUCAGUUCCACCACCACCAAUCAUCUUCCGCCACCUCAUCCUCCAUCUUCACCCGGAACCUUCUAGAUUUCGGAUCUCAGGAUGACCCUUCCACUUCCGUUCCCGACCUCGACGCCGCCGAUGACAAAGAUUUCAUUCUCAGUCAAGACUUCUUCUGCACUCCUGAUUAUAUCACCCCUGAUAAUCAGAACCUGAUGAACGGCUUUGAUUGCAACAAGGAAAAUAUUCCUUGCCCUAAGUCGCCGGAGAAGCUGAAUACUCUCAAAAGCAAGAGACCUCGACAAGAUGGUAUCCUGGUAAAUCCCCUCAGCCCUACAUUAUCUGGCUCUCAACAGAUAGUGGAACUUGCCAGUGACAACUUUGAUGCAGAUGAAGGCAACCUAGAAAAAGCAAUCAUACCUGGAGUACAGAAGACUAAAAAUUAUGUUUCUCAAUCUGCUGUUGCUCUACGAUGUCGGGUUAUGCCACCUCCUUGUAUUAAAAACCCAUAUCUAAAGGAUGCUUCAGAAGUUGACACUGAUCCUUUUGGAAAUCAAAGAUCAAAGUGUGCAGGUUUCUUCCCUGCAAUCAUUGGUGGAGAUGGGCUUUCGCGCUAUCACACAGAUUUUCAUGAGAUUGAGCAAAUUGGUACUGGGCAUUUCAGUCGAGUUUUCAAAGUUUUAAAGAGAAUUGAUGGUUGCUUGUAUGCUGUGAAACAUAGUACACGGCCAUUGCAUCAAGAAACUGAGAGGAGAAAAGCCUUGAUGGAAGUUCAAGCUUUAGCAGCAUUAGGAUCUCAUGAAAACACUGUUGGAUAUUACUCUUCUUGGUUUGAAAACGAGCAACUUUAUAUUCAAAUGGAGCUAUGUGAUUACAGCUUGUCUAGAAAAUCGUCUACUCAACUGUUCACAGAAGGAGAAUUCCUGAGAGCCAUGCAUCAGAUGGCAAAGGCACUGCAGUUUAUACAUGAAAAAGGAAUAGUUCAUUUGGAUGUAAAACCUGAUAAUGUAUAUGUGAAGAAUGGUGUUUAUAAGCUUGGUGAUUUUGGAUGUGCAACUCUCCUAAAUAAGAAUCUGCCAGUUGAAGAGGGUGAUGCACGUUAUAUGCCUCAAGAAAUCCUAAAUGAGAACUAUGAUCAUCUUGACAAGGUUGAUAUCUUCUCUUUAGGAGUUACUAUUUAUGAGCUUAUUAGGGGAUCACCUUUGCCAGAAUCAGGACCUCAGUUUCUUAGAGAAGGAAAGCUGCCACUGCUUGCUGGGUAUUCCCUACAAUUUCAAAAUUUACUCAAGGUCAUGGUGGAUCAUGAUCCAGUACGGCGUCCUUCCGCAAAGGAAUUAGUUGAAAAUCCAAUUUUUGACAAGGCUUCGAAAAAUACAAAAGCCUGAGCAUAUUUAUUAUAUGAGUCGAUGUAGCUAGCUUGAAAGGCUGUUGAGUGGUAGUAGUGAGACCUUGCAAUCAGCUGGAUCCUGCUUCGAAUUGUGGGCACUUUGUGAAAGUGGCUUAACUUAUGCACCAAAUUUACUGGUGCGCAUUUUGUAAAGUUUGGUGAAAGCGACCAGGUGGUCAAGAUUUGCAGUACCAUUUUGACUAAAGUGAGCUCCUGCUCUACCUAUGUGCACCGAAUUAAGUUUGUCCUAGUAAUGGUGCAAAUUUUGUAAAGUCAACUGUUCAAGGCAGGUGCUAUAAGUGGCAUGAUUCCUUUGAUUUUUUUGGAUCAAA